UUUCACAAAACCCCAAAAAACCACAAAACAAAAUGCAAAAAUUAAAAAUGAGAAGCUCCCAACAAAAACAAACACAAGCAACGGAUAAUUCAUCCUAAUAACUAACAAAAAUCGAACCCCAUUAGUUUAAUGAUCCCAUUAUUUCCCCUGAAUCCUCAACAUUGAUGGCCGCUGCAGCUCCAAGCAGCAACCUAAUGGGCCUAUCGGCCCUCUCAUUCCCUUUCCUCACCUCCGACCAACCCCUCUCAAAGCCCAGCCCGAAACUCCACCGGCCCAUUAGGCGGCCCAUAACGAUCACACCAAAAGCCUCUAUCAUCUCCGACCUCGUCCUCGGCGUCGGCGUCGGCCUCCCCUGCACUGUAAUGGAGUGCGGCGACAUCAUCUACCGCAGCACUCUCCCGCGCUCCGACGCCCUAACCCUAACCGCCCCCGGCGCCGCCCUCGCCCUCGGCGCCGCGUCCUACCUCUGGGCAACCCCCGGCGUCGCCCCUGGAUUCUUCGAUAUGUUUGUUCUUGCUUUCAUUGAACGACUAUUUCGGCCUACCUAUCGUAAGGAUGAUAUUCAAAUUGGGAAGAAGCUCGGCGAGGGGGCUUUUGGAGUCGUGUACAAAGUUUCUUCUGCCAAGAACAACCCUAAACAGGGGGAUUUGAUCUUGAAGAAGGCCACAGAAUACGGGGCGGUGGAGAUUUGGAUGAAUGAGAGAGUUCGGAGGGCGUGUGCGAGUAGCUGUGCGGAUUUUGUUUAUGGGUUUCUUGAGAGCUCUUCGAAAGGGAAAGAAGCAGGGGAGUAUUGGCUCAUUUGGAGGUUCGAGGGGGAGGAGACGCUUUCGGAUCUCAUGCUUAGCAAGGAGUUCCCUUACAAUGUAGAGACAAAAAUUCUUGGAGAGGUUCAAGACUUGCCAAAGGGUCUGGAAAGGGAAAACAAGAUCAUCCAAACAAUCAUGAGACAACUUCUAUUUGCUCUGGAUGGCCUUCACUCUACCGGGAUCGUUCAUAGAGACAUCAAACCCCAAAACAUAAUAUUUUCUGAAGGUGAUCGUACUUUCAAAAUCAUUGAUCUUGGAGCUGCAGCAGAUUUGAGAGUGGGCAUUAACUACGUUCCAAAAGAGUUUCUCUUGGACCCUAGGUAUGCUGCUCCUGAGCAAUAUAUCAUGAGUACACAAACCCCAUCUGCACCCUCUGCUCCUGUAGCAACUGCAUUGUCUCCUGUCCUCUGGCAGUUGAAUUUGCCAGAUAGAUUUGACAUCUACAGUAUCGGACUCAUAUUCUUACAAAUGGCAUUUCCAUCAUUAAGAACCGAUAGUGGUCUCAUUCAAUUCAACCGUCAGUUAAAAAGAUGUGGAUAUGAUAUGAUUACAUGGAGGAAGACAGUCGAACCUCGAGCUACUCUAGAUCUCCGAAAGGGCUUUGAGUUGUUAGAUUUAGAUGGAGGGAUUGGUUGGGAGCUUCUAAUUUCGAUGGUCCGAUACAAGGCUCGGCAAAGGACAAGUGCAAAAGCUGCACUUGCACAUCCCUACUUCAACAGGGAAGGUUUACUAGGCCUCUCUGUCAUGCAAAAUUUGAGGCUUCAGCUGUUUCGUGCUACUCAAAAGGAUUACAGUGAAGCUGCCAACUGGGUCAUUGGGCUUAUGGCGAGAUCAGGGACUAAGAAGGAAGGAGGGUUCACUGAAGCCCAACUUCAAGAAUUACGGGAAAUACAGCCGAGAAAGGGAAACGUGAAAAGGAACGCUCUUGCAUCUGCCCUUCGUCUCCAGAGGAAGAUUAUAAGAACGCUGAAUGAGAGCAUGGACGAGCUUAACAGACAGAGGAAGAGUUUAUGGUGGAGUAGGUGGAUCCCCAGGCAGGAGUGAUUAUGGGCUCUUUGCUUUCUAUGCUGUAAAUUUCUGUGCAGUAAAUAUUGUACACUUCGGUGGUAAUAGUUUGAAAGUUGUGAACAUUUUAAAGAUGUGAAAGAAUGUAUACUGUAAGAAGCUGUUAAGGAUGGCUAUAGUCUGGCUUCAGCUUCACAUUGUGCACUACAAGAAGGCAUGCUUUUAAUUA